AAAAUUUAAAGCAGUUAAAAAAAACUGUCACAAGAACAAAAGCUGUAUAAAAAGACUUUUACUUAAUUUAAAAUAAACAAAAUCUAAUAUUUAGUCAAAAUAAAAAAGUUACGAAAAAGUUGAAAUAUAAUAUAAGAAUUCAACUUUUGUGGCGUCUGUUUCAAAAAAACUCGCUUAAAAAUGAAUUUAAUCAAGGAAAAUGUGAAGGAAUGUAAAAAGCCAGUUGAGAAAGAAGAAGUGGUUCCCUGCAUUCCUGCACAGUUUAAUGCGGAAGGAAACUUGGAACAGCUGUCGUUUGCGGAGAAAGCCCUUGAGAAAGGUGAAAACAUUAUAGCAUUGCGCGGAAAACGCAGUGUUGUGUUAAUUACAGAAAAAGAAAAAAAUAAAUUGUAUGUGCGAAAAAGUCUUCGGCGUUUAAAAUCAAUUAAUGACACUAUUUGUUGUGGAUAUUUUGGUUUUAAGCCAGAUGCCGGACAUUUGAUGAGGAGAAUGCUACUUGACUGUACACGUCAUUGGAGGGAAUAUAACAGACCUAUGCCAUUACUUCCGCUAGUAGAGAUCACAUCUAGAUAUGUACACCUCUUUACCCAAGAUACUCGUAAACGUCCCCUGGGUUGUUCUCUUGUUUUAGCAACACAUACAGAAAAGGAUGGACCACAACUAUUCGAAAUUGGUCCAUCCGGUAAAUUUUAUGAAUAUUUCGCUUGUGCUGGCGGGCGUGAUAUGAUACGCCUCAAGAAUGAAUUAAACAAGUACAAGCAUUUACUUCCAAAUAUGUCAGCGAAAUGUUUAGUUGGAGUUGGAAAAAAUAUCCUUGCGAAAAUACGAAAGAAAAGCGAAGCUCGAAAAUAUUGGAUGGAUAUUGGUGUGAUCGGUGAGGAAACCAAAAGUAAACUGGAAAUAAACACGAAACGUUGGAAAAAACUACUCACCGGAAAGGAUAAUUGUAGUAGUUCUAGUAUUGAUGAGACCACUUGUGUGGAGCUGGUUCCAAGUGAAGAUGAUGACGACGAUGAUGAUUAUAAUUCUGAAGAUGAUGACGAUGACGAUGAUGACGACAUUGACGAUGAUGAUGACAUUGACGAUGACGAUGACAUUGACGAUAACGAUGACAUUGACGACGACGAUGAUCAUGGUGACGAUAACAAAAAUGAUAAGGGUAAUGAUAAUGAUGAUAAGGGUGAUGAUAAUAAUGCUGAAGAUGAUGAUGAUGAUACCGAGCGUAACGAUAAAGAGAGUACAGAAUAUAAACAGUGCGGGGAGGAGGAAACAGAACACGAAUGUGCUGAAUUACGCCCAUUAAUCGAAUUAAUAUUUUAAUUAAUCGAAGAAUAUUUUUAUGAAACUAUAUAUUAUAAUCUGAAAACUUUACCUGAAU